AUGGAUUACGUCUUAUCCUUGGACCUCCUCCUUGACUCGCCUGCGCUCCCGUCAAAUAGGUGGCGAGGGGUCACAAGAUUGAGGCAGACGACUGAUGGUCAGGACUUUUGCCAUAGGAUGAAGAUGAAAUGUAUCGGCAAAGAAAACCCUCCGUGCAAUCGAUGUCGUCAGUCUGGUCAUGUGUGUACCUUCGAUGGACCACGGAAGUCGAAGAGCUCAAAGGUUGAAGACCGACUGAGAAUCGUAGAGGCGCAAAUGGGGGCGUUACAGACGACCAUGGAAGAGCUGUUGAGAUUGCAGCAAGGAGGCUCAAGACCGAUGUUUACCCCGCAAACUAUGAACAGUGGUCAACAUGCCACAGAUAGUGAGUCUCACCUCACCUCCUCUUUUCUGUCCAAUUCCCGAUCCCCCGCAACGGACCAGAUGUGUGAUGCGUUGGACACAGAAACUGACCGCACAGACUCGUUUCAACACACGCCUCCGGUAGCUACUGAGUUGAAAGGUCAUGCCAUGCGGAUAGCCAUGGACAUGGGCUUGUAUCGAUGUCUACCUUACCUUGCUCAGAAUGGCAUGGGGGCCGGUAAAACACCUGAUCAGAUUAGAGAGGACUAUCCACUGGUCGUUGGGGCGCGUAUGUGGUUGGCAGUUUCCAGAAUGAAGCUCACUAGCAGGAUGGCAUUCAACAUGGGGCGACCCGCUCUGUUUGCUGGAGAAGAGACGAUCCGGCAUUCCCGCCAAUUCCUUGAGCAUCCAUUGUCAAUCAGCACUGAUGCGCGUCUGGUAUCUUCAAGCGAGUUGUUGACGUUGCGAUUGCCCUUACAUCAACCAUACUCUAUCCUCCCGGCUAGCGCCAGCAUGCCUGGUCUCGACGAGAAACUCAUAGAGUCACGGAGAAAAGUCGACGAGUGGUAUACCUAUUGGGAGCAAUAUUUCGUCGAACGUGGCGUACCUGCCACAGAUCUAUUGCGCGAAAAUAUCGUCACUGGUCGAUGCGGUACAUUCAUGUAUGUUAACUCACGGAUCCUGCAUGGGGUGAGGAACAAACAAGACAUUGCCCAUCUUUCAGAUCAGCGCAAAGAAGCCUUGAUCAUAGCUGUCCGAGCGGCUGAGAAGUUGGUGGCUACAGCUCUUCGUGGAGGGCAGUAUAAAGAGAACUUCCGAUAUGCGAAUCUGUACACGCAUAUGGGCGCCGCAUUCGCUUCUCGUUUUCUGAUUCGUAUGGCUUCCCUUCUACCCGAAGCGGUGGACGUCCGGCAAGUCAGCAGGGAUGUAGAACAAAUUGCUCAACUUCUCACUCAGGUCCCCGGAUUCCAAUUCGCUACGUUACUCCGCGAUGUCCUCCAACGUGCGAGACGCAAUCGGAUCCUACCUCCACCUUCUAAAGCACCUUCUCCAAUCAAACAAAUCAUGCCUCUCCCACCGAUAGAUUGGGACCCCACAUUACCCACGAUGACUUCCACUUCUACUCCGGCCCACAAUAACCUCCCUCCGCCCAGUUUCAACUUUAACGAUUUGGACACUAUCACUACUAAUUUCGACUUUACGUAUGCCGAUCAAUUAUUCACCAAUUCUGGACGGACUUCUGGACCGCCACAGACGUUGACAUUUCCUCCUGAAACACCCGGAACGAACAACAUUGACAGUCAAGGUUACUUGCUUGACAUGUGGUUCCCCUUCCCACCUCUUGGCGAAUCAAGUCCUCCUGGAGCCUCCAUCGGACUCGCUGGCCCCGUAACCGGCGAAGGGGAAGGCCAACCUCCCGUCCUGGCCACUCCGGCUGCAUUACCGCUCGGACCGGGUCCUGUACAGAAUGGUCAGUCUGGUGCGCAAAGUCAGACAUGGUGGUGAUUUUCAUACUUCUUCUCAAUGAGUAAUAAUUCAUUAUUCGACAAGUUAUGCAUCUAUCAUUAUCCCCAAA